UUUCGAUCCUCCACUCGAUGCCCGGCUGAAUGGAAAGCCAUGCUGUGUACCGCCGCAUUGCUUUGUCCCGCAUUUGCUUUGUCCCAUUGCUCCGAAACGCGCUCGCUCGCUCGCCAGGGAGAUUGUGCCGUCGGUUCGCCAGGGCGUUUUACUGCACGAGAACAACAAAACAAACAACAAACAAAACAUGACCGUGACGCGUCAGACCGUGCAACUCGACGGAAUCCAUCUCGUUUGCAAAGCUCAGGUUCCAGGAUUCAGGUUCAAACACGUCCGAAUAGAGCGAAAUAGAAGGGUGCCGAGAUCGCCGGAUGACAAACUGACAGAGCGAUCUGGUAUGUAAUUUCUCGAUGAUUCUUUAAUUUACAACCGCUG